AUGAAGGCAGUUCGCCGUGUAUCUGCAACAGCCAGGAUUGCUCAGGCCAAUCGACCUCAACCCCAAUCGAUCGCACCACGAGCAACACUAUCCACCAAUGCCACAGCCAGAACUCCAGCCAAACAGUCUAUUGGGAAGGCUUACAAUUCAAGUCUGGCCAAUGUAAAGCCCUCAACCCAAGAAGUACCUUUCUUCCAAGAACCCAAUCGUCCUUCCCCUUCGCAAACCCCACAACCCUCGAAACAGAACACCACUCAGGAUGGCAAGCUCUUCCGAGGCAAUUAUGUCUUGACGCCACUACGUCAAUACCAAAACCUCGUUUCUUCCGGUGUCCUGCGGGGGGACGAACACCAAACCCGGAUUAUCGAGCGACUUCAAGAACUUCACGACCAACUUGUCACAUACGAACCUCCGCCUUUGGAAGAGGAGGUCCGGGCCAAUUCAUUCCUGUCUCGCUGGUUCAGCCGUGAAACGUCCGAACCAGUGUCAUCACCAGCCAACGCCCCGAAAGGCUUGUACCUAUACGGAGAUGUUGGAACAGGAAAGACCAUGCUUAUGGACUUGUUCUACAAGACUCUGCCUCCUUCAAUCAAGCGCAAGCGCAGAGUUCACUUCCAUGCGUUCAUGAUUGACGUACACAAGCGGGUUCAUGCUGCCAAAAUCGCUAUGGGUUUCGAUGGCGGUGACCCCAUUAUACCGGUAGCUCGGGAUUUGGCUCGUGAAGCCUAUGUUUUGUGCUUUGACGAGUUCCAGGUGACAGACAUCGCGGACGCUAUGAUCCUGAGGCGCCUUUUGGAAAACCUCCUCAACUAUGGAGUAAUCAUGGUCAUGACAUCCAAUCGGCAUCCGAAUGACUUGUACAAGAACGGCAUCCAGCGAGCGAGUUUCCUCCCUGCGAUUGACCUCCUCAAUACCCAGUUAAGAGUAACAGAUCUAGACUCGGGGACUGACUAUCGCCGCAUUCCUCGCGCUCUGUCCAAGGUGUAUUAUGAUCCGCUCACUCCUGAAAAUGAGCAGGAGGUCAAUAAGCUUUUCGAUUCAUUUGCCUCCGCCGACCCUUCAGACCCUCCCAUACGAAACCGCAAGAUCAUCACAUGGGGGCGAGAACUUGUCGUCCCGGAAAGUACGAGCAAAGUAGCCAAGUUUGAAUUUGAAGACCUGUGCAACCAACCGCUGAGCGCUGCGGAUUACUUGGAAAUCACGAAGAACUUCAGUACUAUCUUCAUUCUUAACAUACCCAAGAUGGGAUUGGACAAGAAAGAUUUGGCCAGGCGGUUCAUCACAUUCAUAGACGCCUGUUACGAAAGUAAAACCAAGCUGUUUGUCACGUCAGAGGUCCCCGUCUACCAAGUCUUCUCGGAUGAUCCCAAUGAAUCUCUGCCUGGGCACCAUCACAUGAACGAUCAUAUGCGAAGCGUUAUGGACGACUUGGGUCUGACCACGGAUGUUGUGGGCACAAGUUCUAUGUUCACAGGCGAAGAAGAAGUAUUCGCGUUUGCGCGUGCUUGUUCCCGGCUGGUACAGAUGGGAAGCAAAGAAUGGGCUGAAACUGCUGGUCAAACCUAG